AACCCCAAUCUCUCCCCUUCAAACGCGUUGUCUUUGCUGUUACAAUCCAUGGCUUCGCAUUUUCUUCUCUUCAUAUUUAUAUAAAUAUAUUCCCACUUCGGGGCACUCGCAAUUGAAAAUUUGGUUUAUUGUGGUUCCCCUUUUUUUUGGUGUUUCUAUCUAUAGAUAUAUUUAUAGUGCUCUCUGCGUCUCGUUCCUUCUCUUUGGCUCCUCCGGCGCGAUUGAACUUUGGAACGAUCGGUGGAGGGUUGUGGCGUUAGAGGGGAAAAUGUCAGAAGCGAAGGUAGACACGCCAUUGAUCUCACCAUCAUCAUCACGAAAUCUCCCUGAUUUCAAAAAGUCAGUUAAAUUGAAGUACGUAAAGCUUGGUUACCAUUACUUGAUCACCCAUGGAAUGUUCCUCUUUCUUUCCCCUCUUGUCGUUGUAAUUGCCGCUCAGCUCUCGACAUUUUCUCUCCAAGAUCUACAUGAUCUUUGGGACCAUCUUCGAUUCAACCUCAUCUCCGUGAUUCUUUGUUCAACUCUUCUUGUUUUCCUCUCGACCCUUUACUUUCUCACGCGUCCUCGCCCAGUGUAUCUUGUGGAUUUUGCCUGCUACAAGCCUGAAGAAUCUCGGAAAUGCACGAGGAAGAUUUUUAUGGAUCAGUCUCAGAUGACUGGUUCAUUUACAGAAUCGAGCCUUGAGUUCCAGCGGAAGAUCCUUGAGAAGUCUGGCCUUGGGGAGUCAACUUACCUUCCUGAGGCUGUUCUCAAUAUCCCUCCAAACCCAUCAAUGCAAGAAGCUAGAAAAGAAGCCGCGACUGUAAUGUUUGGUGCCCUCGAUCAGCUUUUUGCAAAGACAUCUUUGAAGCCUAAAGACAUUGGAAUUCUGGUUGUGAAUUGUAGCUUGUUCAAUCCAACUCCAUCCCUUUCUGCUAUGGUCAUCAACCAUUACAAGCUUAGAGGUAAUAUAAUUAGCUAUAAUUUGGGUGGGAUGGGUUGCAGUGCUGGUUUAAUCUCAAUCGAUCUCGCUAAAGACCUUCUUCAGGUCCAUCCCAACUCUUAUGCAUUGGUUAUCAGCAUGGAGAACAUCACUUUGAACUGGUAUUUUGGGAACCAGAGGUCCAUGCUUGUUUCCAAUUGUUUAUUCAGGAUGGGAGGAGCUGCUGUGCUGCUUUCAAAUAAAAGCUCUGACAGAAGAAGGUCUAAAUACCGAUUGGUGCAUACUGUCCGAACCCACAAGGGUGCUGAUGAUAAGUGCUUUGCCUGUGUUACCCAAGAAGAAGAUGCCGAAGGAAAGGUUGGUGUUUCUUUGUCUAAGGAUCUUAUGGCAGUCGCAGGCGAUGCUUUAAAGACCAACAUCACUACCUUAGGCCCUCUUGUUCUGCCAAUGUCUGAACAGUUGCUCUUCUUUGCUACAUUAAUUGGGAGGAAACUUUUCAAGAUGAAACUCAAGCCUUAUAUUCCAGAUUUCAAACUAGCUUUUGAGCACUUCUGCAUUCAUGCUGGGGGAAGAGCUGUUCUGGAUGAAUUAGAGAAGAACUUGCACCUCUCUGACUGGCAUAUGGAGCCAUCAAGGAUGACACUUUAUCGAUUUGGCAACACCUCGAGCAGUUCCCUUUGGUACGAAUUAGCCUAUACUGAAGCCAAGGGCAGAAUUAAGAAGGGGGAUAGAACAUGGCAGAUAGCAUUUGGAUCUGGGUUCAAGUGCAAUAGUGCAGUGUGGAAGGCUUUAAGGACCAUAAACCCAGCACAGGAGAAGAACCCAUGGAUGGAUGAAAUUGACAUGUUUCCAGUGAAUGUUCCAAAGGUAUCAGCCCUCUAAAGCCAGAAAUGGUAUUUUUGUUCCCCAUUCUUUUGCAGCUGUAAUUCGAGAUGUGGGCAAGACAUUUGAAUGGUAAAAUCUUUGAUUCUUUCUAUUUUUCGGAUUGGACUGUGUUUUGGCCACCAUGAGGAGGGUGGUUGUUAGCCUUUUGCUUUUCUUUCAAUUGCGGUCUUGAAGCAGAUGGAAGAUAUUUUCUUGUUGGGGAGAUGGAUUAUUUGCAUCGAAGAGUUUUAGUGAUUGCUGUGAGGUUCUGUCUUCGUUACUAGGGAUUAAUGUGAUUCAAUUUGGAAUUUGAACUAUAUGUCUAGUGAUAUUCUUUUGGAACAGUGUUUUGCAUUUCUUCUGCCUCUUUCAUUGGGACCAUUUUGCUACUUACACUGGGACACUAUUUUUGCUUCCUUGCAUUAUAAUCACCCAGAACAUCACGGAUAAACUAUUUUGAGAUUUUAUUUA